AUGAAUACUAAUAACGAAAUUGUCUACGGAGGCUCAGGUAGUGGUACCACUGAAUCUGAUGAACAAAGGGUUAUGAGUGAAAAGGUACAAAUGUUAGCUUCCAGCAUUUAUAAGGAACUGGAAGCCAUGAUACAAACUAAUGGUGAAGAAAGUGUUAAAAAUUUAAUGCCAUUAGUUGUAUCAGUUUUGGAAUCUCUUGAUUUAGCUUAUCUUGAUAAAGAGGAGCAAGCUGUUGAGAUAGAAAUGUUAAGAGAAGAUAAUGAACAAUUAUUAAAACAGUAUGAGAGAGAAAAAAAUCUUAGAAAACAUAAUGAUCAACGAUUUUUUGAAAUAGAAGAAGGUUUAAUGGAUCAGGUAAAGGAGGGUGAAAAAAAGAUUGAGUCUCUUGAAUCAGUUAUAAGAAUGUUAGAGUUAAAAACAAAAAAUGCUCAAGAUCAUGCUCAAAGACUUGAGGAAAGAGAAGCUGAACAAAGAUUAGAAUUUGAUAGACUUCAUGAACGUUAUAAUGAUCUUCUACGAACACAUAUUGAACAUGUUGAAAGGACGAAAUAUUUAAUGGGUCCUGAUAAAUUUGAAAUGAUGCAAUCAUUACCCUUUAAUAAUGGUAAAGGAAGAAAUAAUACAAUGACAAUUAGUAUGGAUGCAGCGAAAGUUCGUGGUAUGGGUGAUAUUAUAUCAGCUGUUAAUAUGAGUCAAAGUACACAUGCUGAUAUGAAUUUAGCUAAUCAUAUUAGUAGUGAAAGAGAUUGGCAGGAAGAGUUUGGUGAUAGUAAUGAUUUUCUUCAAUCACCAAGAGAUGAUAUUUUACCUAUAGUUGAGGAAAGAGCUGAAGAAAUUAUUUUAGAAGAUAAGGAAGAUAUUAAUGAUGAGACAAAAUCUAAUGCUAGUCUUCCUGAAAGAAUUAAUAUCAAAGAGGAGGCAGAUGAUGUGUUAUCGGCUGACUUAACUGGAAUGGGUAAAGAAGUUGAAAAUCUUAUCAAAGAAAAUACAGAACUUCUUGAAACAAAAAAUGCUCUCAAUAUUGUAAAGAAUGAUCUCAUUGCACAAGUUGAUCAAUUAAUAAGUGAACAAGGAAUAUUGAGAGAAGAAAUUCAAUCUAUUGAGAUGUCUAGAUAUAGGCUAACUGAAAAGAAUAAAGAAUUAGAAUUAGAAGUUAAAGAAUUAAAAGAAAAAUUAAAUAAUAAUGAAGAUGAACAGGAGAAUGUCCCAUUAGGUCAAAGAAAAAGAUUUACAAGAGCUGAGAUGGCUAGAGUUAUAUUAGAAAAAAAUGGUUAUAAAGAGAAAUAUAUGGAAUUACAAGAUUCAAUGAAAUUUUUAGAAGCUCAAAGAAAUAAAAAAUUAAAUGCUGCACAGGCAGCAGCAGCAGCUAAUAAUAAACGAUCUUUAUGGGACUUCUUCUCAGGUCUAUUUGUUCCUGAUGAUGGUAAUAAUACAGCUAAAGGAUAUUACCAACAGAAAAAAGAUUCUAGACAUCGACGUUCAACUGGAGAUGUUAGAGAAGGAAGAAGACGUCACAUUUCUAGACCUCCACAUUAUGAUCCUGAUCAAAUGGAAGAAAAAAAGAUAGCUGAAAGAAGAGAACAAUACAAAGCUAUUAGUAAACAUAUGAAAAAAGAUGAUGGUACAAGAGUUCAAGCAUAUGGUUGGAGUAUACCAUCAACAGUUGACUCAGCCUCAACUUCAGCAGCAAUACCUGUUCCAGUUUGUUGCAGACCAUUAAUGUACAAUCAUCCAACUCUCAAAAUUUGGUGUGCUUCAGGAGUUACACUUCGUGGUGGCAGAACUAAAGACGGUGGUUAUAUAAUCGAUUCAUUUACACCUCCAACAUCGAUAACUGAUAAAGUAGAGGAGUUAGAUUAUGAAUUAAAAAGUCAAUUAAAAGAGAGCAGAGAAAAUGAAAUGUUAACAUGGGAAAGCAGUAGUUUAGUUUGGAUUUGUAGUUCUAAUGAAAAAAAAAGUCUCGUAACUAUAUUAGAUGCAAAUAAUCCAAAUAAUGUUUUAGAAACAUUUAAUGUUUGUGCCUCACAUAUAUUAUGUGUUUCUACAGUUCCAGGUGUACGUGAAAGUGAUUAUCCAAGUGAUGAUAAUACUAUAUCUAUAAGUGAACAAUUUAUAAAAGAGGGUGGUUAUCUUAAAGAUUUACCUGGUGAUUUAAAUGAUUGUAAUAAUUUUGGAGCUGUAGAAUGGAUACCAUUAAGAGUAAGUGAGGUUGAUAAUAUUCCAACAUAUUGUAAUGUUGAUGAAAAAGCAAGUCCAAGAAGAAUACGAGAUUUUAGUUUAAAUGAUACUACAAAUUCUAAUAAAGGAUCAUUAAAUGAAAUAUUAGAAGACAAAAAAUUGAAUAGUAAACCUAAAAGAAUAUUAGAAAAUAUACCUACAUUGUCUUCAACUAAAGAAGAAGUAGAGAAUAAGAUAGUUGAUAAUGAUACUUCUUCUUCUUCAAAGAGUGAUCAGAAUUGUCAAAUGAAAAUUAGUUCAUCCAUAAUGUUUGCCGAUGAAGCUGAUGAAGAAGUAUCAGAAAAAAUUAAUGAAAAUGUUAUGUCACAAUUAUCUUCUCAUAUAAGAGAUGGAUUAAGUAAAUAUGAAGGUGUUGGUACUAUUUCUACUGUUCAACCAACAAUGUGGAUGGGAUCUGAAAAUGAUUAUAUAUUUGUACACUCAGGAAUUUCAGAUUGGAAAAAAUGUUUAUUAAGAAUUAAGAUGGCUGAUGCUGUAUUAUCAAUUUUACAUUAUAAAGGAAGAAUAUUUACAGCUAUGGCAAAUGGAACAAUUGCAGUAUUUCAUAGAAAUUCAGAUGGUCUAUGGUCAGCUGAAGGUUAUCAUAAAAUUUCAUUAGGUAAAGGUACCUCAUCUGUUACAACAUUAACAAUUGUAUCUGGACGUAUAUGGGCAGCAUAUAGAAAUUGUGUUGUUGUAAUAGAUCCAAAAAAUCUUAGAAUAGAAAAAGUAUUUAUGGCACAUCCAAAAAGAGAUAGUCAAGUUAAAGGAAUGCAAUGGUUAGGUGAUGGUGUAUGGAUAUCAAUAAGACUUGACUCAACAAUAAGGCUAUUCCAUGCACAUACAUAUGAACAUCUUCAAGAUGUUAAUAUAGAACCAUUUAUAACAAAAAUGCUUGGUACAAAUAAAUUAGAUUUUUUACAUUUACGAAUAACAUCACUUGUUAUAACUAAUAGAAGAUUAUGGAUUGGAACUGGUACAGGUGUUAUUGUUUCAGUACCAUUAAAUGAAUAUUCUAAUGAUAAAAAACAAGAAGUAUAUUCAGAUCCAUCAACUGAUAGAGUAGCAGCUAGUAGUUUUAUACCAUAUUGUGAUAUGGAACAAGCCCAAGUAUCUUAUCAUGGACACAAAGAUAGUAUUAGAUUUUUAUUACCUAUUCCAGCUGGAUCAGCUCAACCAAAAAUGGUUCUUGAUACAGAAGUACGUAAACUUCUUGUUGUUAGUGGUGGUGAUGGAUAUAUAGAUUUUAGGUUAGGAGAAGAAAAUGAAGAAAUAAAUGGUAAUAUUGAGGAAGGACCUAGUCAUAUAGUUAAACCAAGAGAUAUGAGUCAUAUAAUAGUUUGGGAGAUGACUUGUACAUCUGAACCUCAACAAUCUGAGAAAUGCGGUGUAGACACUUAA